AAGUAACUUAUAAAAUGAUGGAGCGAUGAGUGACUAGCAGAAUAGUCAACAGCCUCAUUAUUGCUGGACUGAGGGUCAAGAGCCACUAAGCUGGGGCAAAAAUGCAGGCUCUUGGGUCAGCACCAAAUAGGUGCUGCAUCAAUAACACAAGAAAAUUCUCACCAACCCCUAAAUCACUUCAUUUAUCAAACUCCCAUUUACCAAAUAUUAUAGUGAAUCCAAAACCCAUUUCCCAAAUACCCAGUCCAUUAACCAGACCACUUCUAUGUGCAAAUUCAUCAAAUGCAAUUACUAGCCCUGAUGGCGAUAACACCAAGAAAAACAACUUGGGUGAUUGGAUUCAAAGUAUUGCUGAAGCAAUUUCUGUUAUGUUUCUUUUAUGGGUAGCUUUGGGUUGUUUGAUUGGGCUGCUUAAACCUAGCUCAUAUAAUUGGGUUAAACCUCAAUGGACUGUUAUGGGUAUGACACUUACUAUGCUUGGCAUGGGAAUGACUCACACUUUCGAUGAUCUUCGCGGUGCUUUGGCCAUGCCCAAAGAGUUGUUCUGUGGUUUUGUACUUCAGUACUCGCUUGCUGAAUCCAUUGAAUUUGAGGACAAGAUGAAGGAGUUGAGGAGUGUCUGCAAUUCAAUUAUUGGCAAGAUGUAACUAAGGUGAUGGUGAUGACAUGCAUGGGCGAUGAGGCUCCUGCUCAUUUUUUUUCUUUUUCCUAACAUAAUUUAUUUUGAUAGAAGGAAUAGAAAUAGAAUUCUAAUUAAGUACUGCCUUAGAAUUUUGGUUAUAUUAAAAGUGUGAAGCUUACAUGUGGUUUUAGUCAUCGUUGUGUACCCUAAUAUGUUGUAAGCGAUGAACUUGGCAGCCAAAGCAUUAUUUAUAUACAUUAUUUAAGGUAGCAGACAAAUUAAGAAGUUGUCAAGAGCCAAUUUCCAUGUUGAACAA